AGGGGCAGACAGUCAUGAAGGCGUGGACUGGACACUGAUAGCAUAAACCCAACCGAAGAGUUAUACUCACUGAUAGUGACCAUACUCUGUACAGACCCUGCCUGGAAACUCCUGAGGAUAUACAGAAACAGUCCCAGUAGGGUUACUGAACCAAGGAUUUUACUGAACAUGAAGGAAGCUCAUCAGAGCACAGAUCACCAAAGUGUGAAAGCAAGUGAAGGUGAUGAAGCCACUGAAAAAAGGAAUAAGAAGGACAAAAACAAAGAAAAGAAUCUGGGAGUUGGAUUUUUUCAACUGUUCCGCUUUGCUACAUGGGUAGACAUUGUGAUGAUGGUGGUCGGGGGCUUGUGUGCGCUCAUCCAUGGGGCUGCCUCCCCUCUCAUGCUGCUUGUCUAUAGCAUGAUGACCAACACCUUUGUGGCUUACGAGCUGGAGAUCCAGGAACUGGCUGAUCCCAACAAAACCUGCAUCAAUAACACUGUGACUUGGACUAAUGGGUCUGUGGUGGAGCAGGAAGAUAAUAACACUGUAAGCUGUGGGGUGGAUAUUGAGGCACAAAUGACCAUGUUUGCUUAUUACUAUAUUGGCAUUGGACUGGGAGUGCUAAUUGUUAGCUACUUUCAGAUUUACUUCUGGGUUUCUGCAGCUGCAAGGCAAACACAAAGAAUCAGAAAAAAAUACUUCAGGAAAAUCAUGUGCAUGGAGAUUGGCUGGUUUGAUUGCACGUCUGUUGGGGAACUGAACACAAGGAUAUCUGAUGACAUUAAUAAAAUCAACAGUGCAAUAGCAGACCAGGUAGCCAUCUUCAUUGAAAGGUUCUCAACAUUCAUCUUUGGCUUUCUGGUGGGCUUUGUUGGAGGAUGGAAACUUACACUGGUUGUAAUUGCAGUGAGCCCCCUGAUUGGACUGGCUGCGGGACUAAUGGCCAUGGCGGUUGCGAGGCUGACAGGCCGUGAGCUGCAGGCCUACGCUAAAGCUGGAGCCAUAGCUGAUGAAGUUCUUUCCUCCAUCAGAACAGUUGCAGCAUUUGGAGGAGAGGAUAAAGAGACUGACAGAUAUGACAGGAACCUUGAAGAGGCUCAGACUUGGGGGGUGAAGAAAGGGGUAAUCAUUGGCAUAUUUCAGGGUUACCUGUGGUGCAUCAUCUUCUUCUGUUAUGCCCUAGCAUUUUGGUAUGGCUCCAAGCUUGUCAUUGAGACGAAGGAGCUCACACCUGGAACCCUCAUCCAGGUGUUCUUUGGAGUACUUAUGGGAGCCAUGAAUCUGGGUCAGGCGUCCCCAUGUCUAGAGGCCUUUGCUUCUGGACGUGCUGCAGCCAAGAGCAUCUUUGACACCAUUGACAGAAUGCCAGAGAUUGAUUGUUUCUCAGAGGAUGGGCACAAAUUAGAGAGAGUGAAAGGUGACAUUGAAUUCCAUGGUGUUGAGUUCAACUAUCCCUCCAGACCUGAAGUGAAGAUUUUAGAUGAUUUAAAUGUGGUGGUUAAAGCUGGGGAGACAACAGCAUUUGUUGGACCUAGUGGAUCUGGCAAAAGUACAGCAGUUCAACUCAUUCAGAGAUUUUAUGAUCCCAAACAUGGAAUGAUCACCCUGGAUGGCCAUGACAUUAGGAGCCUGAAUAUCCAGUGGCUGCGGUCACUGAUAGGCAUCGUAGAGCAAGAGCCUGUUCUCUUUGCCACCACUAUCUCAGAGAACAUUCGCUUUGGCAGACCAGGAGUCACCAUGGAGGAGAUCAUACAGGCUUCCAAAGAUGCCAAUGCUUACAACUUUAUCAUGGACUUGCCACAGAAAUUUGAUACACUAGUUGGAGAAGGUGGGGGACAGAUGAGUGGUGGGCAGAAACAAAGGAUUGCAAUCGCUCGAGCUCUGGUCAGAAACCCCAAAAUCCUACUGCUAGACAUGGCCACAUCAGCCCUGGACAAUGAGAGUGAAGCUGUUGUUCAGGAGGCUCUUGACAAGGCUCGCAUAGGAAGAACCACUAUCACUAUUGCUCAUCGUCUGUCUACGAUCCGUAACGCUGACGUGAUUGUGGGCUUUGAGCAUGGCUGUGCUGUGGAGAGGGGCUCACACAGUGAACUGUUGGACAGGAAAGGAGUCUACUUCACUCUUGUCACACUCCAGAACCAAGGAAAUUAUGUGUCCAAUCAGAAAACAAGCAACACAUCCGAUGCUGCCAUUCUUGAAGAUGAUGGAUUUGAGAAAACAAGAAGUUUCAGCAGGGGAAGCUAUCAGUCUAGUUUAAGAAAUUCUUUGCGAAUGAGGACACAGUCUCAAAUGUCAAGCAGUCUCAUUGAUGCCUUCUCUGGAGAACUGAGACUGAGAACUGACAGUUUCAAAGUAGAGACAACUGAGGAUAAAAAGGAGUCAACUGAAUCAGCACCUGUGGCUCGAAUUCUGAAAUACAACCGACCUGAGUGGCCAUACAUGUUCUUGGGCUCUUUAGGAGCAGCUGUGAAUGGAUCUGUUAAUCCCAUCUAUGCCCUCUUGUUCAGCCAAAUUCUGGGGACAUUUGCUAUCAGAGACCUGGAUGAGCAGAGACAACAGAUUAAUGGAAUCUGCAUUCUGUUUGUCAUUGUGGGAUGUAUGAGCUUCUUCUCACAGUUCUUACAAGGCUAUGCUUUUGCUAAGUCUGGGGAGCUACUGACUCGCAGGCUGAGGAAGGUUGGUUUCCAGGCCAUGCUUAAGCAAGAGAUUGGAUGGUUUGAUGAUCCUAGAAACAGUCCUGGAGCUCUUACCACUAGACUGGCUACUGAUGCAUCCAUGGUGCAAGGGGCUACCGGCUCUCAGAUCGGCAUGAUUGUUAACUCACUGACCAACAUUGGAGCAUCGUUCAUCAUUGCGUACUACUUCAGCUGGAAACUGAGUCUGGUAGUGACCUGCUUCCUCCCCCUGAUUGGCCUUUCUGGGGUCUUCCAGGCUAAAAUGCUGACUGGGUUUGCUAAUGAGGACAAGAAAGCAAUGGAGGCAGCAGGGCAGGUGUCUAGUGAAGCUAUGGCCAACAUCAGGACUAUUGCAGGUUUGGCUAAAGAGAAGCACUUUGUGGGUCUAUAUGAGCAGCAGUUGGAGCCCCCCUACAAAGCAGCCAAGAAGAAGGCUUAUGUAUAUGCCAUCUGCUUUGCCUUCGCCCGGUGUGUUAUCUUCAUGGCAUAUGCAGCCUCUUUUAGAUAUGGGGGCUAUCUGGUUAAUUAUGAGGGACUUCACUAUGUGGUUGUUUUUAGAGUGAUCUCUGCCAUUGUAAUCAGUGGCACAGCUCUUGGAAGAGCUUCAUCUUUUACACCAGACUAUGCCAAAGCCAAAAUUGCUGCUGCCCAGUUCUUCAAACUGCUGGACAGAGUCCCCAGAAUCAGCAUUAAUCAGGCAGAGGGACAAAGAUGGGCCGACUUUAAAGGUAGGGUUGAGUUCAAGAACUGCAGGUUCACGUACCCAAGCCGACCAGACAUCCAAGUGUUGAGGGGACUAGAGGUGUCAGUGAGCCCCGGACAGACACUUGCAUUUGUGGGCAGUAGCGGAUGCGGCAAGAGCACGAGUGUUCAGCUCCUGGAGAGAUUCUAUGACCCAGAUGAAGGCCAAGUGUUGAUAGAUGGACACCCGUCCCAUGGUGUUAAUGUACCAUUCCUGAGGUCUCAGAUUGGAAUUGUAUCUCAGGAGCCUGUGCUUUUUGACUGCACUAUAGCAGAAAACAUCCAGUAUGGUGAUAACUUGCGCUCUGUCAGCAUGGAGGAGGUUGUAGAGGCUUCUAAGAAGGCUUAUCUGCAUGAUUUUGUGAUGGCUUUGCCUGAUAAAUACGAAACUCAAGUUGGAGCUCAAGGUUCUCAGCUCUCAAGAGGGCAGAAGCAGCGUAUAGCCAUUGCUCGCGCCAUCGUCAGAAACCCCAAAAUCUUGCUGCUGGACGAGGCUACCUCUGCCCUGGACACAGAAAGCGAGAAGACGGUUCAGGCAGCACUGGAUGAAGCUCGGCAAGGUCGCACCUGCAUCGUCAUUGCCCACAGACUCUCCACCAUUCAGACUGCUGAUAUUAUUGCAGUGAUGUCACAGGGCGUUGUCAUAGAGAAAGGGACACAUGAGGAGCUUAUGGCUAAGAGAGCGGCCUACUACAAGCUGGUCACUACGGGUGCACCCAUAAGUUAAAAAAGUACUUUAAAAUCAAAUUAAAAAGUACAACACCAGAAAAAAAGAUAUUGUAUGAAUUAUACCAUAUCUUGUUUAGCUACAUAGCCAGUUUUGCUAAUAUGGCUCAAAAAUAGACCAAACCCUGUUAAUUACUUAGCCAAACUAGCUAAUGCUUAAUCUCUGCAUUUUUUACUAGCUAGCUAAUAUUAGAAGAAAGAUGGAAGGCAGAAGAAAUGGAAGUAUGGAGGCAGAAUUGAAGGAAGAAGUGGUGAAAAAGAAGAACAUUCAGGAAAGAAGUAGAGAAAGGCAAGAAGGAAGGAGAGAGGAGGGAAUAAAUGGAAAUAGACAUGAAAGAAAGAGAAUGGGGGAAGAAAGAAGGGGAGAAAGUACUGUGAAAGAAAGGAAUGGAGAGGCUGAAUGGAGGAAGGGAGAUAAGAAAGGGAGGGUUGUUUAUGUUUUCAAGAAACAUGAACAAACAAGUUUUCUUUAUUUUUUCUGUUUAAACAAUAAUAAAGACACCAAAACUACAAACUAACACAUAUAGAAUUAUUACAGUCA